CGCACGAAACUAAAAGCGGCGGCGAAAUGUUCGGGCUUCUCCGUCGGUGUUCGGGUGGCCAUUGCCGGCAGUGGACCCCUCGUCUCAGAGGGGGGAAGAGAUCAAAGAGGCGCUCUCAUUGGUCGGUGUGUAGAUACGGCGAGGCAAACGCGCCGGCGACUUUUGAGAAUCAGUAUUCACUAGGAUGGCUGCCAGCGGAGGUCGUGUCAGUUCGAUUGUUGACUCUUUGUGUACAAAACUGUUUCUUCUUCUUCGUAAUUUAACCGACCGCCGCGGGUAAUCGUCAUCGCAGUGAACUAAAGUCGAUCCGAACGUACAGACUGAGUGAUGUUUUUGUUACAAUGGAACCGCGUGUCGUGCGGGCAUGUGUCGGUAGACGACGGAGCUCGAUUCUAACCUCACUUUAACGGGUUAGUAGUGAAUUUAAGUGUUGUGAAGUGGCAAACAAUGCCGCAUGUGAGCAGUGGCGGCGGUGGUGAUGAUUUAGGAAGUACAGAUGAAGUGAAAGUGUUCAAAGAAGAAGGAGACGAUGAAAAAAGAUCGUCGGAAAAUUUAACGGAAGAGAAAACGAGUCUGAUUGAUCUCACAGAAUCGGAGGAAAAAGUCGUCUCUGGUCAACCUUAUUCUACUAGUAAAAAUGCUUCGAGGUCGGAGCUUAGUCCCGUGUUUGGGAAAGUGGAGCCAACGCCUCACACCUCCUCAUUCAACAUGGGGUACCUCGUGUCACCCUACCCCUACCACAACGGCACGGGUCCCAUCCCCGUCUCAAUGGCGAGCAAGAUGGGCCUGGGCGCGACACACCCGGGAGCUGGACUUCCUUUCUUCUGCCACAACGGCGACCACCUGACGCAGCCGCCCCCCGCCCACAUGGGCAUCCCGCCCUACCAGCUGGACCCCAAGGGGGCGGGUGAGUACUGGAGACACUCUAGACUUCCAGGGCUGACGAGGCCGCCUAUCUACCCGUUCACCACGGGACAAUACCCUUACCCCAUGCUGAGUCCGGAAAUGACGCAAGUCGCCGCCUCAUGGCAUACGCCAAGCAUGUACCCGAUCUCAACGGCGAGUGCCGGGUUCAGAAGUCCGUACCCCAGCCCGUUACCCAUCACCAGCUCAAGCUUACCAAGCGACUUGUACAGGUUCUCGCCGAGCGGUCUGAUGGCCUCGCACCCCGGCCUCAGUCCUCACUCGCAUCCCUCGCUCACCUCUCACCCCGCCAUAGUCACCCCUGGACCCAAACAGGAGCUCCAGUCCGACCACAACCACCAUCCUUUGAAUUUAGUUAAGAAAAAGCCUAAACCGGUGGCAGUAGUCGCACCGUCGUCAGUGGUAGAUCCCGGGGACGGGGAUGGAAAGGGGGCGGAGUCCGAGGACGAUGAGAUCAAGGUGGAAGUGGAGGACCUCAGUGUCGGCAAAAAGUCGCGUGACGAGGGAGUGGACAACAAGGAGGAAGGUGAAGGAAAGCUCGUAGAAGACUUGAAUAAAAACUAUUGGGACAAGGCCGGGAUGGGAUACCGACGGACGGGCGAGAGAGGGUAUCCGAUGAUAGAGUCGAACUUUCUGACGGCGCUGUACAUGAGGAGUUUAGUGUCGUCGGGAGUGUUGCCGCCGUACCCGGGGUACCCGGUAUACCCGCAGUACCCGGACACGCAGUUCUCGCCUAUGUGGGCGCAGCAGAGGUUCUGGCAGAUGGUGCAGACCCAGACUCAGACCUCCGCUACUACAGACAGCCUCAGUAUCACCGUCCCUCGGCCCGCCACGGCACCUACACCGGCGUCACCCACCUCCACCUCCACCUCUACUGACGAGAAGAUGCCCGUCAAGAGGACCAAGCAGAAACGGUCUUCUUCCAUGGACCACAAGAACUCACUCAAUGAUGGCAAAUCUCAGGACUCAGGCCACACAAGUAAUAACCAAGACAAAAAGAAGCCUCACAUUAAGAAGCCUCUGAAUGCGUUCAUGUUGUACAUGAAGGAGAUGAGAGCGAAGGUGGUGGCGGAGUGUACACUCAAGGAGAGUGCAGCUAUCAACCAGAUCCUCGGUAGAAGAUGGCACGCUUUAGGCCGGGACGAACAGGCCAAAUAUUAUGAACUGGCCAGACGUGAGAGACAGCUGCACAUGCAGCUCUAUCCGGAUUGGUCUUCGCGUGCAAACACCAACCGAGCCAAGAAGAGGAAACGGAAGCAAGAAACCAAUGAAGGAGGUAACUCAAUGAAGAAAUGCAGAGCGAGGUAUGGUCUGGACCAGCAGAGCCAGUGGUGUAAGCCGUGCAGACGUAAGAAGAAGUGCAUCCGGUACAUGGAGUGUGGUGACGAUGGUAACCAGUCGGAGGACAACCUGGGGAGCUGCGGGAGUGUGGGCGAAGCAACGACGCCUCCUGACGAUGACACAGAGAGCUUCCAACAGAGUGUGAGCUCGCCUGGCGGCCUGAGCGGCCUCAGCAGUCUCACCUCUCCCUCCAUGAUCCUACCUUCCCCUUCGGCUAGUCUAGCGUCCCCCAGCGUAUCUCUGGCCUCCCCCUGCGGCCUAAGUCUGCAAUCACCUCUCACACCUCAUCAGCUGGACUCACCUGCCCCUUGUCUGCCGCUACUCAUCAACCAUCUUGCACCACCCCCCCGCAACCCUGUCGGGACCAACCCCCAUGACAUCAACAACCCGCUCAGUGUUAACCAGCUCACAGGCAAGUGUAUAAAGAACUCUCCUUCGACGUCAUCUGCUCCGUCGAGCAAGGACUCGGGUUCAAGCAGAGCCGUCAUUAGUGUCACGUAGCGUUCGGAAAAAGAACGGUAAUCCUAUCGGCGACCCGUUCUCGAAUAAACUGAAAAGCGAGUAGCGUAGUCGAACCGGAGCUGCGAAUUUCUAGUUGGCGGAGAAGUGAGAACAUCUAGUCGGAGAAGAAUCAUGUUCCCUCCGCUAACGACAGAAACAGUUUUUUCAGCUGUUGAUUGACGACAAUCUUACGCUUUGUUACUUCGAAGAGUUUUGUCGUCAGACAUAUAAUUUAACAUUCCUUUAAAAAAUUCGCAGUCGCCGGUUCUGAGUCAGUACUGUACCUAAUUUGAGUACUGAUGUAUCGAUGCCCUUCUUCUGUCCAGGAAUCAUUUGUUUUGGGGAAGAACAAUCAUUAAUCCUAUAAGUAAUUAUUUUUCCAUUAGAAAAUACCUAUUUUACUAUUAAGUUUAAAUUUUGGUGUAUGGUGAAUCAUAUCAAGUAAAAUCCUUUAACAUUAAAAAAAUUUCACGGCCGUAACUAUAUUUAAAAAUAUAGUAUUGAAAGCCCUCAAAACUUUUAAAUUAACCUUAAAAUAUUUUUGUACACCUGUUGGGUUUACAAUCAAGGCGGUAAAUUCAAUGAGUGACUACUAACUUAGAGUUAGUUAAUUGAAAUAACAUUUAAAAUGUAAUUCAACCGUCUCAAUCUAACACAUGAUUCUCGGACAUAGAUGUGGCUUGUCGCUGCAUAAGCUCAUUGUAAAAUACAAACUGUGUGAUAGUACGAAUGGAAGUGGUGUAGUUUUAUCGGUGUUAAAAAGUGUUGAGUGUUUCAGUAUAGUUAAACACUUUUAAACCUAAAAAUUACCUUUUUUUACUUUAACUGAUUGACCUUAUUGAGAUCCAACCUACAAGAAUACUCAGGAUUAUAUAUUAAUUAAUGUUUUCUAAUUUUAUGCAAAAUUAUUGUGUUUUAUGUGUAUACCAUCCUAGUUUCUGUGCUCAUCCUAGAGAUCUCUCGACGAGUAUUUAAGUUCCUGUAAGUUAACAUAAUUUGUCUAUAAUAGAUACAAAUAGUCAAAAUAUUUAUAAAAACGUAUGACAAGGAUUUAAUAUCAAAUCCUGGGAGUAUUAAACAUUUAUUGUUACUCAUAAGCAAUUCACUGCUUACUGUAGUCUUAUUGAUAGCUUUUAAACCCUUAAGGAUCCUUUCUUACCAAACAAUUACUGUUUUGUGAUUAGUAUCCGAAAAUAUUAGCUUGCUGAAUUCAUAAAACUUAUGAAGAAUAACAUAUGAAGACUAAUCUAUUGGAUUACCAAUGUUAAUUCUAUGGGAGAUGUAAUCUAAUCACAUGUUCAACAUCACAUUCAUAUUUAUGGUGAAGUAAAUAAUAAGAUGCUGUGUAAGAAAACAAUUUCACAUUGAUACAAGUUAUUAACAAGGAAUUGAAUUCAAAUCAAUCCAAAAUGUAUGCAUUAAAAGAUUUAUACUAAAAGACAAUUGAGUAUUUCCAGGUUUUGAUAUAAAAAUGUCAUGAAUAGGUCUUCAUUUUAUAGUUACUAUACUGGAACCCAUUUAUUUUUGAUUUGGCAGUUAUUAUCAAUUUUGAUCUCCCACCAUAUCUGGGCCUCACAACCAAGCCUUUCAUCCUGAUGUUUUCUUAAAUGAUCAUAGGAAUUUAAAUAUUUUAUUGAUAUAUUUAAAAAUAUAUAUUUUGUUCUAUAAUUUGUAUUUUAUAGUACAUAAUCUGUCACAAUGCACUUAAUGAUAUACCGACAAAAAAACUGGUAUGGCAACUGAUUUCUUUAAAAAACCCAUUGACUUUUUAAAAAUCUCUUUAUGUCUAUAAAAAUCCAUGUGUAUUUUUAGUCUUUAUUAUUAUUGUAUUCUUUGAAUUUUACUAGCAAUUAACAAGAAUCAUAAAUUAUUAUAAUUGAACUUCAAAUUUUGUAAAAACUUUGAACUAGCAAGAACCCUAUGGAAUGUGAGGCCUGAUGUGAAUCAAUGUAAACUCAAAUUAUUUCUAAUCUAGCAAACAAGUUUUGAUAUGUUUUUUGGGGAAUUGUGUAAUAAUUAGUUGUAUAAUUUUACCUAUGUACAAAAUGGAUUAGAGUAUGUUCAUGUGAUUGUAUAAUUUAUAAUAAAUACACAUUUCUCGUUUAUAAUAAAAUCUCACCUGUUAUUGUGCAAUAUUUGUUUGUUAGUUUUUGCUUCAGUAAUAAACAUACCAAACCUCAAUUUUUCUGGUUAUUAUUUUUUCAAUCCAUUUGUGUAUACUGUAAUUAAAAAAAAAUAAUUAUGUUAUGUUAAACAUUAAAAUUCAGUCCAACAAUCAAUAAACACAGGAACACAUAGAACAUAUUCUAGCUAAUCAAAAAUAUGUUGUUUUGUUGUUUUUGUUACUAUAUUAAGUAAACCAUUUAUUAAUCCUAACUUAAAAUGUUGUUGCUAUCAUUUAAGCCAUGUGAUUUAUGUCAAGUUUUGACUCAGUUGUGUUAUGCUCACUAAAUAAUAUCGACGUAAGCCAUUGUUACUUUUUUAUACUCUAUGUCAGAUGCUCUUCAAGUCGUGCUAUAGGUGUCAUCAUUAUUUUUGUAUUUUUCCCAAAUAUAUUAUGUAAUUAAUGUAGAAAUGUAUAGGAUUAAUUUUUUAAAUGUGUUUUAAAACGAAGUGCCAAGAUGUUCUGUUAGCGAUAGACUCAUUUUGUAUCGGCCGAAAAGGAGUACAGUACGCAGCUUUUCAUUUAGUCGAUCUACUUAAUUUGUGAUACUUUACCAUCAAGACGAUUCCCCUUGUAAGAUUUCCACCGAAUGUCAUUUGGCGUGUUCUUUAUAUUUUUAUAGUGUAUAUUUGUGUAUUUAUCUACGAUGAAGCAUUGGUUUUGUAGUUUGUAUCGGAGAUCGUGGUUCCUCAGAACCCGUCUUCUCGGCGAUCGUUCAAGUCGAGUCGUCUAGCAAAAGAAAUUAAAUUUUAUCUAUCGAUUAUGUAUCAAUGUACUUAUUUGUUAAUAUGUUUCUAUAGUGUAAAUAGAUCUCUUUGGAAAUCAGACUGGAAAACCAAUUGCUAAAAGCUUUAUUCUAAGCUGGUGUAUUUAUAAAAUUUAUUUGUUUAAUACCUGUGUUAAAAGUGAGAUUCGUUUAUUUUACAAAUUAUUUAAAUAAAUUUUUAUACAAUUUAGGCUUUAUAGUUGACAGUUGUAAUAGAAUUGACUGUACCCGUGUGUAAUUACAGUCAGCCAUUUUGUUGGUGUUUUUGUUAUUUACAUUUAGGAAUGAAAUUUACUGUAAGUCUUGUCUAAUUCAUUAUCUUUUUAUGUAUAAAUCUAUAUUAUGGAAAAGAACAUUCUAGCCAUACUUAGUGUUGUCAAUCUUCCUGUAUUAUAGACGACCUCUGACUUCUGUUCAUUUGUUGUACCGUUCGUAAACAGCAAUGUCCAUGUUUUGUUCCUGGCUCUUUUUAUUUGCAACAGGAAUCCUCAGUAACCCAAUAUUUAUUAUACAUCGAACCGACAUAGUGAAGCAAUAGAACCAUAAUAAAGAUGUAUUGAUAUUGAU